UUUAGGCUUAUGGAUUAUGUUGUCUAACCUACUCGAAGCAAAAAUGGCGGAAGUAAAAUCACGUCGCGUCGCGCAAACUGAAGAUUUGUCGAAUGUCGAAUUUGAGACCAGCGAAGAUGUGGAGGUUAUACCUACUUUCGAUAAUAUGGGACUCAGAGAUGAGUUGUUGCGGGGAAUCUACGCUUAUGGCUUUGAAAAACCAUCAGCGAUUCAACAACGAUCCAUCAAGCCUAUAAUGAAGGGACGAGAUGUGAUCGCACAAGCUCAAUCUGGUACAGGAAAAACGGCAACGUUUUCGAUUGCCAUAUUACAGUCUUUGGAUACACAAGUCAGAGAGACACAAGUUCUGGUCUUGUCUCCUACAAGAGAAUUGGCAACACAGAUACAGAAAGUCAUUUUAGCAUUGGGAGAUUUUAUGAAUGUUCAAUGUCAUGCUUGUAUUGGAGGUACUAAUCUUGGUGAGGACAUCAGGAAACUAGAUUAUGGGCAACAUGUUGUAUCUGGAACACCUGGCAGAGUAUUUGACAUGAUAAAAAGGAGAGUUCUCAGGACCAGAGCAAUAAAAAUGUUAGUCCUUGAUGAAUCUGACGAAAUGUUGAAUAAGGGUUUCAAAGAACAAAUUUACGAUGUAUAUAGAUAUUUGCCACCUGCAACCCAAGUGGUAUUAGUAUCUGCCACAUUACCACACGAAAUUCUUGAAAUGACAAGUAAAUUUAUGACAGAUCCUGUUCGUAUUCUGGUCAAACGUGAUGAAUUGACAUUGGAAGGAAUAAAGCAGUUCUUUGUCGCUGUAGAAAGGGAAGAAUGGAAAUUCGAUACAUUAUGUGAUUUAUAUGAUACAUUGACAAUAACACAAGCAGUAAUUUUCUGUAAUACAAAACGCAAAGUGGAUUGGUUGACGGAAAAAAUGAGGGAGGCUAAUUUCACAGUUUGUUCUAUGCACGGAGAUAUGCCUCAGAAGGAAAGAGACAAUAUUAUGAAAGAAUUCAGAUCUGGUCAGAGUCGUGUGUUAAUUACAACCGACGUAUGGGCAAGAGGAAUAGAUGUUCAACAAGUGUCCCUUGUGAUCAAUUACGACUUACCCAACAAUCGUGAGUUAUACAUUCAUAGAAUAGGUCGAUCGGGUCGUUUCGGCAGAAAGGGUGUCUCUAUCAAUUUUGUCAAAACCGAUGACAUCAGGAUUCUGAGAGACAUUGAACAAUAUUACUCGACACAAAUCGACGAGAUGCCAAUGAACGUAGCGGACUUAAUAUAA